AUGUGGGGCCGUCUGAUCGAGAAGAAGUUUGACCUCCUUGCAAGUCAAGCUGCUCAAGAGCAGCAGGUCGCGACCAAGGAUACCGGCGCCUUGCUACGCCGCUUCUAUAAAUCACGAAAACGUCAAGAUGUACUCGAGCAACAAGAAAGAUUCUUGCAUCUGUUAUCUCCGCGACAGGGUCAAAUAGACGCAAUAUGGAGAAGGGAAAGGAAACGCGGAACCACGAACUGGAUACUCGAAACUCCUCAGUACAAGUCUUGGAAAACUGCCACUCAACCCGUGCUGAGGGUUACUGGCCACCUUGGCUGUGGUAAAACCGUAGCCCUCGCGAACAUUAUAUCCGAUCUUGCUAUGGCUAACAUCAAGUGCGGCGGCUUUAUCUGCAAAAGGGAUGACCCAAGCAUGCUUAAAGGCGUAACAAUUCUGGGUAGUAUUGCCUAUCAGUUAGUGCAAUCAAUCACAGUCUACCGAGACUGGGAAGCAUUAUUCCAAUCGAGUGCCAGCGAUCUCGGUGGAUCAAUGACCAUCUCUUCUAUCAUACAGUUGCUCCAGAAUCUCUUACCACAAAGCAAGACCUUCCAUAUUGUACUUGACGGACUGCAGGAGUGUGCAAAGGAGGAAGUUGAAGUCGUUUUGGAAGCGAUAUCCGACCUGCGCAAGUCACACCGCGUGUCUGUGUGCUUUUCGACAACGCUGGAUGGUCUUUCAGUUGAACUUACCGAAAACUAUCUUGGCACAGCUAAUGUUCUCUGUUUGAACGAUUCCCACCGCGAUUCGGAAAUUAAGGAGUAUAUCAGAAAGGAGGUGAAAAGGAGAAAUGCCGUUCGUCAGCCUCCCUUAAAUGGCGAGCUGGAGAAUUUGGUAAUAGAGCAGCUGACAAUGGGGGCCCAAGGAAUGUAUCUCUGGGUAUCGCUCCACCUAGAAACUAUCUUUCCACCCUAUAACGAUGGCAUCUUGACCGACGAGUCUGUGCUUAACAUCUUACAUCACUUGCCGCAGGAUCUCCCCGAAGCUUUUGAUCAAGCUCUUGGUCGAAUCUCUGAUCGACGAUACGGCGAUCGGAUAUUCCAGCUGGUCGCCGUCGCGGAAACCCCUCUUUCCGGAGAACAGCUCAAUGUUGCUCUUACUGUUCAACCUGGCAAUAUCAUGUGGGACGGGACCAAGUUACCGCGCAGUUCCAAGCAGGUUGUCGCCCGCUGUGGUGGGGGCUUACUACAAGUCGACGAAGAAGACGGCUGCGUGCGGUUCAUCCACCAUAGUGUGGUAUCGCAUAUGGGUAGUCUAAGGGUAGGAAUAGACGGCAGACGGCUCGCUCGAAGCUGGAUCGUGGACGCCGAAACGUUUAUGGGAUCCGUGUGUGUAACGUACCUCAACUUUCCCGACUUUGAUCGACCGCAUCUAACCCAUGAAGAUGGACCUAACGUCGACGUACUCUGGAGAACAUUGGUGAAUAAUCGGCCACCACAUGUUUUGAUACCUUGGGCUCAAUCGUUGGACCCAAUGGGCGAUAAAGGAGGGAUGUUGGAUUAUGCCAUUCGCCACUCGCAUGCAUACCUUUACCGCUUUAUGAUGAGUCCUCCCUUCAUUCUGGCAGCCUAUUGUCUUGCCUUGUUGCUGAACGAUGUUAUGGAGGACGAAGAUACCAGAUUGUUGGACAUAACGUCUCAUAAAAUUCAGGAAAAUACUUAUGCAUUGGGGAUGGCAAGAGACUUCGAGGAAACUAAGGCCGAGAACGUGACGGAUCGUUUGUGGGAGUUGAUUGAAAUGGGAUGCUCAUCCAGAUACAACCCCUUGUCUGGCAUCUUUUGGGACUAUCGGUUUUCGGUGGUUAAUUGGGAAGGAGACGCACAAUACCUGGAGUUAUUGGCAUUUCGGUACGCUUUCCUUCAUAACAACUUCAACCUGGUUGUGAAGAUUGCAUCAAACUGUGCCGUCGAGUCAUCUGUUGUCGCGCAAGCAGUGGAAGAGACAAAACUACAAGCAAAGUCAUUGAUCCAUUCGAAGCUUCUUCCAGGUCGGCUGAAGGAGCCCACAAGUUAUGUGAUGGAGCAAGAGCUGGCUGAAGAUCCCACGUUGGCUGCGGCUCGCACAUACAUGGUGAACAAAGAAUACGACAAAGCACUGGACACAAUCCAAUGUUACACUAGACUCUCCGGCAUUGGUUCCAUCAACCACAAGCUCAUUUCUCAAAUUCACGUGCUUCAACAACGAAUGGUGCUGCGUUGGGUCAUUGACCAUCGAUGCGAGAAGGUUUUUCAAAGGCUAGCGUUCUUGCGGCAGGCGGUAUUGGACUGGCCGACAGUCCUGAUUUACGCCAUAACGACUUAUGCACAUGCAGGACCACCGAACGAUGAAGACUUGCAAAGCGAGCGCGAAAUUUUCUACGGGUUGCUCGAAGAAUUGAAACAGGUCGACCCUGAAGGCAAUCGCACCAUGGGCUCUGAGGGUACUUUGGACAUUGACCCAGGAUGGACAGCACUUCAUGCGGCAGCUCUAUGGCAAUCCUUUGCAGUCGAGGCUCUGAUAAACACUUGGCCCGACAUUGCAAAUUCAAGUACGAGGCUCGGACACACGCCUCUAGUCGUGGCAUUGUGCGGGCCCUUGGAAGAUUUAGGAGCCUCUUUGGCUGUCAGCGCUCUUCUCCGCGCCGGAGCUGACACAGGAGCUUUAUCGGCCUUUCCUUACCUUUCUCCACUGGACAUCUCAAUCGCGUACCGUCCACAUCGCAUAUCACGAUUGCUAAUUGAGUCUGGAGCAACAAGAGCUGAACUAGUGAAAGGCACCCAAGACCUGGCUGUUCAUACCUUGGUGGAGAGGAUUGCCUUGCUGGAAAGUCGAAUGGCCUUUGAGGGUAAUUCCACGGAGUGGGUAGAACAGACUCAAGGAGUUACCUCACUUGAGGAAUACUAUAGGAUCGGAUCUUCUGCGUGGAUGUGUCACAUUGCAUCAUGGCUGGGGAUGCCACUGUCACCAUGUCAACCAGGAGGUCUCCGAGCAACUAUUUGAGUUAGAAGGAUGCAAUGAGUUUCAUUCAGCGGACUCGCAUUGCAUUUGCGAAAACGAUCGAGACCUACCAGAUCCUGUUCUUUUGGCCAAGUUUGAAUCCAU